AUGAGUGACGCACCUGACAGGAACUCUUCCAUGAUUCAUCUCUCUUCUGAUGACCAAGUUCUAUCCCCUCGCCAUCCGGGGGUCCCCCAACCUGUGGUGGCCAAAAGGAUCAAUUUCUACAAGAGUGGGGACCCACAAUUUGGCGGGGUCAGUGUGGUGGUCAACCCACGUUCCUUUAAGACCUUCGACGCUUUGCUAGACAAUUUGUCCAGGAAGGUCCCCCUGCCUUUCGGGGUGCGAAACAUCAGCACACCAAGGGGCAGACACAGCAUCACGCGCCUGGAGGAGCUGGUGGAUGGGGAGUCCUACCUGUGCUCCCAUGGCAGAAAGGUGCAGCCCGUGGACUUGACCCAGGCUAGCCGGCGCCCAAGGCCUUGGCACAGCAGCAGGGCACUCAGCGUACCCCAGGGGUCCGGCCCAGCAGCUCCUGCCCAGGGCCUGCCACGCCUCCGGAGGCUCCUCAUCUUCAGGAACGGGGACCCGAAGACCAGGAAGACAGUCCUGCUCAGCAAGAGGGUCACCAGGACCUUUGAGACCUUUCUGCAGCAUCUGACAGAGGUCAUGCGGUACCCGGUGAUCAAGCUCUACGCUACGGAUGGAAGGAAGAUUCCUAGUCUCCAGGCGGUGCUUCUGAGCUCCGGGGCUGUGGUGGCAGCUGGAAAGGGGCCCUUUAAACCUGGGAACUACGACAUCCAGAAGUACAUGCUCCCUCCCAGAUCGCUAGGGAUUUCUUCCCGUGUGUUUCCCAAGGGGCGUGUUAGGCCCGAAAAAAAGAGUGGCCGCUGGAGAGUUACUAUCAUCACUAGCGACUUUCCAGAUGCAGGUACCACUUCGCAGAUUUAUAUUGUGCUAUAUGGGCAGCAUAGAAGUUCAACCCCCAUAUAUCUCUAUGGAACAGAUGGAGCUCAGUUUCAGAAUGGCCACAAAGAUGUUUUUACUAUCACAGUUGGAGACAUUGGUACACUCUUUAAGAUUCGUAUAGGUCAUACCAAUUCCGGACUUUCCCCUUCCUGGCACUGUAAAGAGAUAUACUUGUGUGACAAGAAUUCUGAAAAAGAGUUUCAUAUACCUGUUGAACGAUGGUUGGCCCGUGAUCAAGAAGAUGGAGAUAUCUGUCGGGAAUUUCCAAUUUUCAAUAAAGAAGAACCUGUCCUUCCAGUGACGGUAUAUGACGUGCAUGUGACAACCGGUGAGCUAUGGAAUGCUGGAAUAGAAGCAAAUGUUUACAUCUCUAUCUUUGGAGAUAAAGGAGAUUCAGGAUCCAGACAAUUAUUUAAAUCAAAGAGCUCCUUCAAUUUUUUAAGAGGCCAAACUGACAUCUUCUCCCUGGAAUCUGUCUACCUUGGGAAUUUGUAUAAGAUUGUCAUAGGUCAUGAUGGACUUGGCCCAGGAAACGGCUGGUUUCUUGACGACGUCGUGGUCAUAGAUCCCACCACAAACCGUGAAUAUACUUUCUUCUGUCACAGAUGGUUGGAUCAAGGGGAAGAUGAUGGUAAAAUUGUCAGAGAACUAUAUGCUAGGGACAACAGGAUCAUCUAUGCACAACAAAAGUUAGAAGUUAAUAGAAAAGAAACAUGGGCUGCAGAAAGCUGGAAAUUUACAAAAGGGAAUACACUUCAAUUCUACAACAGGCUUACUGAAGGCUUUGUCCGUUUAUAUCCAGAUGGCACGGUUGAUGCAGCUGGAGAAAAGACAGACAAAUAUGGCCUCUUUGAUGUUAUUUUCAACAAAGGAAAUACAUGUAUUUUUCAAAGUCAUGAGAUAAGGCACCUUUCACUUGCUCUUGAUAAUGGCUCUGUCACUGGAAUGGCUAGUGGUGGGCCUUCAACGGAGCUGCGGGUACUUUACCAGCCCAAUCGCUGUGCACUCCUGGAGUCAGCACUGGAUCCUGGCCAGACAGUCAUUUUUGAUCGCCUGGGCAAAAUGGCUGAUGGAUCCUCAGUAGGUUAUGCAGACCUCUCGAAAGAAUUUGUGGUUUUUGUCAAGGGUAUAUUUCUCAACAGUGCUGUGGUGCUAUUGGCGACCAACCUAUGCCAGGCUCUGUGUCUUCAGUCUGAUGGGAGCUGCACUGGAGUGGGAAAUCAAUCUGAAAAAUCAUACUGGAAAGUGCAUAAAGUCAGCUCUGGAAUUUGUAUGUUUGAAAGUGUGAAACAUGUGCGAAUGUACCUGAGGAUUAAGGAUGGCCAGUGUGAUGGAACAGGUACAGGAGAGCCUGAGUGCCAUUUUAAAAUUAAGAAGAACUUGGAAGAUGCAUCUAUAUGUCUGGAAUCUGUGAUGAGCCCAGGAUUGUUUGUUGGACUUCAAUCAGAUGGAAAGGCAAAACCCGUUAUUUAUACUAAGGAUGGGAACAUUUUCUUUUAUCCUCAAAUAAUCAAAUUUGGCAGAGAAAACCCAAUGGGCAUGUCUGCAUCCUCUAACCAAGAGGUAGAGAAGAUCCACCAAUCAGAGAACCAGCAAGAAACAGCAGUAGAAAUGGAGACGAAGGAGCUCAUGCUUUCAAAUGCAAAAGAAAUCAGGCUUUCACAAAUCAGAGAGACUUUUCUGACAGAAGAUGAAUGGAAAGUGUUGGUGCUGACAGGAAACACAGGGACCCGGGCCAAUGUCACCCUCUGGGUGUAUGGAGAUGAAGGUUUUGAUGGACCAAUCAAUCUUAGCAAGAAUAACCCUGAGAAGCUCUUCCUCGCACAGCAGGAGGAUGAAUUUCCGGUUGUGAUAAGAAACAUUGGAAUGAUUUAUAAGAUAAGAAUUGGACAUGAUGGAUCUAGUGAACAGCCUGAGUGGAGCUUACAGAGGGUGAUUCUUCAACAUGUGAGGAGCAAGAAGACCCUAUAUUUUGAGGCAAAUGUGUACUUAUCUCGAAUUAAAGCAGUCGAAGACAUUGUUUGUGAGCUUCCAGUUGUCAAAGGAGGACAAGCUAUGUUUCCAGUAGUGAGAUACCAUGUUGACGUCUAUACUGGGGAACUCAAGCAAGCAGAAACAUUGUCUGAAGUUUUUCUGUGCCUCUAUGGGGAGAGAGGAGAUUCUGGCCUUAGGCAACUGUACAAAUCGAACAUGCCUGCAAAAUUUCAAAGAGGACAAAAGGAUACAUUUCAAAUCGAAGCAGUGUCACUCGGGAAGCUGCAGAAGGUGCUGUUGCGCUGUGAUGCGGAAGACAAGUCACAGUACUGGUACUGUGAGAAGGUCGUCGUCCAGGAUCCCAGCCUCACAACUGAGUCCAUCUUCCUCUGUGAAAGAUGGCUUCCCUUUAUGUCGCAGGGAAUAAUUCAUUCAGAAAUUGAACUUUAUCUUCAAGAAAUGCAAAUAAAUCAUCAGCCUAAAAUACAAGAGGAAGCAAAUGAAGGUGAUUGGAAAGUAACUGUAGUCACUGGAGAUCAUGAAAAUGCUGGUACCACAGCAACAGUAUUCCUUUAUGUUUAUGGAGAAGUAGGAUGCUCAGGUCCCAUUAUUUUAGGAUCUGGAAAACACCAGCUGUUUAACCCCAACACCGCAGAUAUUUUCAAGAUUAAUCUUAGAGAUGUUGGUGAUAUCUAUAAAAUACGCAUUGGACAUGACAACAGUGGGAAAGAUCCCAGGUGGUAUCUGGAAGAAAUUAGACUAGAAAAUAUAGACACAAAUGAGCUGUUUGAUUUACCUGUUUAUUCCUGGAUAGAUGAAAAUGAAAAUGAUGGUGAUAUAUGGAAAGAAAUGCCCAUUGGAAGAACUCAUCAAACACCUUUGCCAGUCGUGGUUUAUGAGAUCUACACGCACACUGGCAGGAAACCAGGUGCAGAGACAGAAUCUAAUGUUUUUAUCAACCUCAUUGGCACCAGAGGAGAUUCGGGGAAUCGAAGGCUUCAUCGAUCAAAAAAUAAUCAAGUCAAGUUUCGGUGUGGUCAGGUUGAUAUAUUUUCCAUUGCAGCAGUAACUCUUGGAAAAUUGACAAAAGCUCUAAUAAGCCAUGAUGGGACUGGUCCAGGUAAUGGAUGGUUUCUUGAGAGCAUUGUUGUUAAGUUUGAGGAAGAAGAUGGCAAUCAAGAGGUGCUAUUUCCCUGUCACAGAUGGCUAGAUGAGUACCAAGAUGAUGGCAAGACUGAGAGGGAGCUACUCCCAGAAAAUUGUUAUAAUAAUAGUACCCAAGGAGAAUUUACAUCUAUGUCCCCCUGA